AUGUCCCGUGUGGUUGCAGCAGACGACAACAUGUCGUUACCGUUCUUCUCUCCGGAGCCUAGCUCAGGCACGUCUUCUCCGUCGUUCGCAAAGCUCUUGAAGAAUGUCGGCGACACAAGGAUUGGUCACAACCACCAGCAUCACGUUGAUGUAGAUCUCACCUCACAGUCAGCGGACCGAUCCGUACCGUUCGUUCUCUCCUUCAACGAUCUCACUUACAGCGUGAAAGUUCGCCGGAAGUUCACUUGGAGACGCGUUCCUUCAGAUCCGAUCGUGGGAGCUUCGUCGGAGAGUCUAUACUCUUCCAAAACGAAGACGCUUCUCAACGGAAUAUCCGGAGAGGCUCGUGACGGAGAGAUACUGGCUGUUCUGGGAGCUAGUGGAUCCGGAAAAUCGACGUUGAUCGAUGCGUUAGCGAAUCGAAUCGCAAAAGGAAGCUUGAAAGGAAACGUGACUCUAAACGGGGAAGUUCUCAAUUCGAAAAUGCAAAAAGCGAUUUCAGCUUAUGUGAUGCAAGACGAUCUUCUCUUCCCGAUGCUUACCGUUGAAGAAACCUUAAUGUUCGCCGCGGAGUUUCGUUUACCGAGAAGCCUUUCGAAAUCGAAGAAGAAUCUCCGCGUUCAAGCCUUGAUUGACCAAUUAGGACUUAGAAACGCGGCCAAAACGGUGAUCGGAGAUGAAGGACACCGUGGAAUCUCCGGUGGAGAGAGGCGGCGAGUGUCGAUCGGGAUCGAUAUCAUCCACGAUCCGAUUCUGCUUUUCCUUGACGAACCAACCUCUGGUUUGGACUCUACAAGUGCACUAAGUGUUAUUAAGGUUCUUAAACGAAUAGCACAGAGUGGAAGUAUGGUGAUCAUGACUCUUCAUCAGCCUAGUUACCGUCUUCUUCGAUUGCUCGAUCGCCUUCUUUUCUUGUCCCGUGGACAAACCGUAUUCAGCGGAUCGCCCGCGAUGCUACCGAGCUUCUUCGCAGAGUUUGGCCACCCGAUUCCCGAGCACGAGAACCGCACCGAGUUCGCCUUGGAUUUGAUUCGAGAGCUCGAAGGAUCCGCUGGUGGAACAAGAAGUUUGGUUGAAUUCAACAAAGGCUUUAGACAGAGGAAAGCAGAGCCAAGAACUCAUACAACAGGAUUGUCCUUAAAAGAAGCCAUCAGUGCAAGCAUCUCCAAAGGGAAGCUUGUCUCUGGAGCCACUUCAACGACUCCAAGCUCUGGCUCCAACCUUGUUUCCACCAUUCCUACAUUCGCAAACCCGUUCUGGGUCGAACUCUUGGUUCUAGCCAAACGGUCAAUGACUAAUUACCGUAGACAGCCUGAGCUAUUCGGGAUACGACUAGGAGCUGUUCUUGUCACUGGUUUCAUCUUAGCCACAAUGUUUUGGCAGCUAGAUAAUUCCCCCAAAGGAGUCCAAGAACGUCUCGGAUUCUUCGCAUUUGCAAUGUCCACAACGUUCUACACUUGCGCAGACGCUCUCCCCGUUUUCCUCCAAGAACGAUUCAUUUUCAUGAGAGAAACCGCUUACAACGCUUACCGAAGAUCCUCCUAUGUACUCUCUCACUCUCUAGUUGCCCUCCCUUCCUUAAUCAUCCUCUCGCUUGCUUUCGCAGCAACCACGUUUUGGGGUGUGGGAUUAGAUGGAGGUCUCAUGGGUUUCCUCUUCUACUUCCUUAUCGUCUUAGCCGCAUUUUGGGCAGGAAGCUCAUUUGUCACCUUCUUAUCAGGCGUUGUCCCACACGUAAUGCUUGGUUACACCAUUGUGGUAGCUAUCUUAGCCUAUUUCUUGCUUUUCAGUGGAUUCUUCAUCAACCGAGAUCGAAUCCCUUCUUACUGGAUAUGGUUCCAUUACAUCUCUUUAGUCAAGUACCCUUACGAAGCUGUUCUCUUAAACGAAUUCAGUGACCCUACAAAGUGUUUCAUCAAAGGAGUUCAGAUAUUCGACAACACGCCUCUAGUCGCGGUGCCUCAGGGGAUGAAAGUUAGGCUUUUGGCAACUAUGAGCAAAUCACUUGGGAUGAGGAUCACAAGCUCUACUUGCUUGACCACAGGUUACGAAAUUUUGCAGCAGCAAGGGAUUACGGAUUUGAGCAAAUGGAAUUGCUUGUGGGUGACGGUAGCUUGGGGAUUCUUCUUUCGAAUCUUGUUCUACUUUUCUCUGCUUUUGGGUAGCAAGAACAAGAGGAGAUAA